CUGUCACGAUUGGGGAAGAAGAGAGGUUGUAGGGGACGGUCUGAAACGGGAAAGUCUACACGCGCGUCUAUGCAUUUCUCGAUUCGGCCUGCCAAAGUCUAUUUCUCACACUUACAACCACCACCGGCUGCUCGCUCUGACCGUCCAACCCAACACCAAAGCCAUGUCGGGAAUAGGUCCAGCACUCCCUCCACACCUGCUGGCCAAGCGAAAACGAAAGCAGGAAGAAGAAGCGGAUAAUGCGACGCAAGCAGCCUCCGGCGCAACCGCCUCUUUGAGCCCGGGCGAUGGCGAGAAACGAAGGAGAGUGCUGGGGCCCGCGAUGCCUCCUGCGCCUCUUGACGAGCGGCCUGAGCAACCUCCGGACUCUUCAACACGGUCUAAUAGCGAUAGCGAUGACGACGAUGACUAUGGCCCCGCGUUACCAUCUAGUUUUGGGAAUGGGAACGUAGGCGAGGAUACGAGUGAUGCAGACAAGCAUACUCAAGCUGAACAGCCAGAAGCAGCCCCGAGAGAGGAGAAACUACAACGAGACGAAUGGAUGACGAUGCCACCCAAGCAAGACGAUCUGGCCGCUCGACUGGACCCCACGAAACCACGGCCACGGGGCUUCAAUACGAGCAAAGGUGCAAAUGGACCAAAUGCAGCGGCGGCCGAUGGUAGCGCGUGGCAUGAGACUCCUGAGCAGAAGCAGAAGCGUCUUGCAGAUGAGAUGAUGGGGGUUACCACGUCCAACGCAGAUGUUGAGAGUCGGGCAACCAAAGGCCCACGGAAAGCUGCUGAUCAUGACACUGCGAGGAAGAUCAAGGAGCACACGGACAAGAUUCGAGGGCCGUCUUUGGUACACCAGCAUCAAAGCAGCCAAACCCGCGAGCCAGACGACGAUCCCAGCGCGCGUGCGUUUGAUCGAGAAAAGGACAUGGGUAGUGGUGGACGCCUGGGACAUGCGGAAAGGAGGGAGAUGCUGAACAAGGCUGCCAAUUUCUCGUCCAAGUUCUCCGGCGGUAGUUAUCUGUGAGAGAAGGGUAGCACUGCGCUCACUUGAUUGCGGCUUGAAUGAUGUCUGAACGUCCAUGCUGUUGCUCUUUGUCCAAUAUAUUGUGUUUUGAGUACAU